GACGUGCACAGGAGCUGGGGCAAAAUUUGCGUGAACACUGGAAAUUUGGACAUUGGAGGCAAAGUCCGCAGUGCCGAGUGCCCGGUUCCCUGUCGUUGCUCGGGGUCCUGCACGGUGGGAGCCGCGCGCUGCAGACCCGGGUGCGGAGGACACGGCGGGUCCGCGGGGACCUGAGACCUCGGGAUCCGCGGUGUCCGCGCUCGCGGGGCGGCCUGGGAAAGUCAGCAGUCAGCAGCGCAGUGGCGGGAACCGCAGCCCGGCGGCCCUGGAAGCUCCCAGGGCUCACUGACCUGCCAGACCUGCUCACCUGUGGAGCCUCUGCCCGGUAGAUGGAGAGAGAAGAGCCAGUAGUUAAAGCUCCAGGGAAGCAAGCCAUCUAUUCAUUGUUCCUGAAAGAGACGCUCACAGAAGACAAACAGUAAGACGUGGCUGAUCCUCCAAUAAACAUGUCCCAGGGUCUGUUGACUUUCGGGGAUGUGUCUGUGGACUUCCCCCAGGAGGAGUGGGAAUGCCUGGACUCUGCUCAGAGGGCUUUGUACAUUGAUGUGAUGCUGGAGAAUUACAGCAACCUGGUUUCUGUGGAGAACUAUUGCAAAUGUGAGCCUGUCCAUCACCAUGUGAAGACUGAAAAGGAGUCUUGUCAGUGUAAUGAGCUUGGCAAAGUGCCUCAUGACCCCUCCACAUGUGCACUUCAUAGAACAAGUGAAACUACAGAGAACUCCAAUAACUACACAUGCAGUAAUCCCAGGGAUGCCUCUGUUGACUCACCAAACCCAGACAGACAUGAAACCAUGUACACUGGAGAAGGAACUUGUCAAUCUAAAGACUGUGAGAAAUCUUUAAAUUUGUGUUCCAACAUUACUCAAGAUCAGAGACUCGACGAUGAAAAGAAAAAGCAUAGGCAGGAAAAAUAUGAUGACUAUUUCACCUCUGUGUACAAUCUUUUUCAACAACCAAUCUACAUUGGAGAGACACCACACCAGUGUGGGAAAUGUGGGAAAUGCUUCAGUACUGCCUCAAGCCUCACUGUACAUGAGAGAAUUCAUACUGGAAAGAAACCCUACAAGUGCAAAUUUUGUGGCAAAUCAUUUAACCAGUGUGCAAAUCUAAAAACACAUCAAAGACUUCAUACUGGGGAGAAACCUUACCAAUGCAAAGAAUGUGGAAAGUCAUUUCCUCAGUUGUCAGCACUUAAAAGCCAUCAUAAAAUGCACACAGGAGAGAAGCCUUACAAAUGUAAGGAAUGUGGCAAAUCUUUUGCCCACUCUUCCAGUUUCAGGAGACAUCAGAAUAUCCAUGCUGCUGAGCAACAUUACACUUGUCAAGAAUGUGGCAAGGCCUUUCAUCAGCUGUCACACUUUAAAAGCCAUUACAGACUCCAUACUGGAGAGAAGCCUUACAAGUGCAAUGAGUGUGACAGAGCCUUUACCCACUAUUCAUCAUUUAGAAGACAUCAGAAAACUCAUUCUCUAGAGAAAUUUAAUGAAUGCAAAGAAUGUGGUAAGUCUUUCCUUGAAUUGUCACAUCUUAAACGACAUUACAGAAUCCACACUGGUGAGAAACCUUACAAAUGUGAGGUAUGUGACAAAUCCUUUACUGUGAGCUCAACUCUUAGAACACAUCAGAAAAUCCAUACUGGGGAGAAACCUUACAAAUGUAAGGCGUGUGACAAGUCCUUUAUCAAGUACUCACAUCUUACAAGACAUCAGAGUGUUCACACUGGAGAAAAACCUUACAGGUGUAAGGAAUGUGACAAGUGUUUUACUGAGUUCUCAACACUGAGAGAACAUCAGAAAAUACAUACUGGAGAGAAACCCUAUAAAUGUGGAGAAUGUGACAAAUCCUUUAUCCAGCGUUCAAAUCUUAGAAUACACCAGAGAGUCCAUACUGGAGAGAGACCUUACAAGUGUAAGGAAUGCGGCAAAUCUUUUACUAAGUGCUCAACUCUUCAAGCACAUCAGAAAAUUCAUACUGGAGAGAAGCCUUAUAAAUGUAUGGAAUGUAACAAAUCCUUUACCCAGGAUUCACAUCUUAGAACACAUCAGAGGGUUCAUACUGGAGAGAGGCCUUACAGUUGUAAGGAAUGUGGCAAAUCUUUUACUAGGAGCUCAUAUGUUAAAGCCCAUCUGAAAAUUCAUACUGGAGAGAAACCAUACAAAUGCAAAGACUGUGACUUUUCCUUUAUCCAGAUGUCAAAUCUUAGAAGACAUCAAAAAAUUCAUACUGCAGAGAAAAUCACCGUUGUAAAUAAUGUGACAUAGCAUUUUCCAGUAUUCUCUGCCUACAAAUCACAACAGUGCAUAAAAGAGAAUCAUAAAGAUAAGAAACUUGUGGAAGUCUUUAAUGAAGGUUUACAUUUUUAAAAAUAUCCUAGAGUUUAUGUUAAAAAUAAAAGUCUGCAAAUAUAACAUAUAA